AUGGUUGACAGCAGCGUCGCCGGUAAAUCCAAGGUAUUUCCUUGUCAGACAACCGACCAAUUACUACGUCCUGCCACGCCCGUCCAGGCAGGCGGCUCAAUCGAGAAUAAGCCGACCAAGGCUCGUGUUCAGUACCAGUUUCGAGACAUCGGGAAAAGGCAGGUGGUGCACUAUCACCUUAAGAACUGGAACGAAGGCAACCCUCCCGAGCCGAUGAACUUCCUCAAAGUCCUGAAAACGAUCAGGGAACGCAAAUUCAGCUCCAUGCAGUAUGAAGAUGGCGACGAAAAUAGGGUCCUAGUGCACUGCAGAGAUGGAGCGAACUGCAGCGGCGGCUUCAUAGCUGUGUGGAAGCUGAUGGACGACGUUGACCAAAACCAGAAGCCAAAUGUCUUCGCAACUGUGGAGAAACUGCGACACCAGCGCAUGCUCGCCGUCCAGACUCCGAGCAUGUAUUACUACGUCCAUAAAUGCAUCGACCUCUACGUUGAAAACAAGAAAAUUUUCAGUGAAGAACGACACGGUAGCUGAGGGACAAAUUUACGAAUGUUGAGACAUGGCAGGCGCCAGAAUAUUUUGUUGCAGUAUAACUUUGGUUUCAAUGAAAUUUCUACGUAUAAUGUUUAAAUUAUAUACACAAAUAAUUCUUUCUUGGACAGGUAAUAUUAAACUGAAAGAGAAAAUGAUUUAUUAUCUUUUAACUUGAUUAUUUCACUGAUUGUAUUGGAAAACAGAGGAAACAGGAAGCAAACAAAUAAUUAAUAUUAUAAAAACAAAAAGUCAGGGAAAAUAAUAAAGUUGUUAUUUCAGUUCAGAAUUUAAUUUUCAGAAUAGCUAGUUUGGAAAAUAGUUAUCGUUAAAUAAUUUAUGAAAAUGAAUUAUUACUAGAAAAAGGCUAAUUUUUUAAGGUUGAGUAUUAAUGUAACAAUUUCGGGCGAUGAAUUGAUCUAACGAUUCACUCAAUUAUUGUCGCUUAUUUGUUCGUACGUAUACAAACCCAAAAACUAAAUAGAUAAGAAAUACGAUAAGUCCGAUCGUUGACUGCUGAUUAUUGAUAAAAUUAUUAUUAUAUGUUGCUGUUGA